UUCAAUCCUUGGCACUCUGUGAACUUGACCGCCCGGCGCUACCAAAGUGGCAAACAGAACUCUGAAUGUAGUUUUGGAACAGCUAGAAGAUCAAUGGCAUGACUUUAUCUAUGGGUCUCGCCUGCUUUUUGUGGAUCUUCGACACACUUUCAGCGUGAUCUCCCUGCACGGCUAAGAAGCCUGCCUGAAAAAUGAAGAAGAUGAAUGGCUUUCCCGGGCUCUUUUUCGGUUGGUCAUGGAGACAAUUAUCACCGGGUAACUUCCAUUUACCCAUCCCUCACUUUCCCUUCUUUAACUUCCCCUGUAGUUUUCAUGAUGUUCCUGCUGUGCCGAAAAUUCAAGAUUCGUACUCUCAACUCAGUAAAUCUAAGUUUGCGAGUAUUAUUAAGUUGGACGAUGCAAUUGGUUUGUACCGUCACAUGGUUACAAUGAAACCUCGUCCUCCCAUAGUGAAAUUCAACCAGCUCUUGAAUGCUGUUGUCAAGAUGGGUUGUUACCCCGAGGCUGUCUCUCUAUUUCGAGAUUUUUUUGUUUCCGGCCUUCUGAUAGAUGAGUUCACACUCAACAUUGCUGCCAAUUCCCUUGCCCGUUUGCACAGAGUAGAUUUUGCAUUUGCUGUUUUAGGAAUCCAUUUCAAGCUGGGUCUAGUACCUGAUGUGGUUUUGUUCAGCACCUUACUGAAAGGGCUUUUUCUGCAACAUAGGGUUCAAGACGCUGUUUGGUUGUUCCAGAAAGUAUUGAAUGAAAAAGUAUGUGAGGUAAAUGAAUUCACAUUAUCCAUACUCAUUGAUGGCCUCUGCAAGGUAGGACACACUGGCAAAGCUGUUAAGCUGCUUCACUUAUUUGACGAGAAGGGAAAUUGCAAGCCAAAUGUAUUUGCAUAUAACACCAUCAUUGACUCAUUGUGUAAGGAUAAAAUGGUGGACAAUGCUCUUGACUUGUUACAGAAGAUGAUGGGAAAGGGAAUUCCUCCCGAUGUUGUGACAUAUAAUUCACUUUUUGAUGGGCUUUGCAAACUCAGUCGGUGGGAAGAGGUCGAAAAGUUACUGAACGGAUUGAUUGACUAUAGAGUUCCGCUCAAUGUCCGUACAUACACCAUUCUAGUUGUUGGAUUUUGCAGGGAAGGAUGGAUUGGCAGUGCUGCAAAACUCAUAGAUAGAAUGAUCCAAGAAGGUCUGGAACCUAAUGUAAUCACAUACAGUGCUUUGAUAGAUGGGUACUGCUUACACGGAAAACUGAACAAUGCGUUGGAACUCCUACAGACCAUGAUAGAUAGGGGAUGUGACCCUAAUAUAUUCACUUAUAGCAUUUUAAUGAAUGGAUAUUACAAGAGUGGGUGUUCAAAUCAGACCAUACACUUAUUUGAAAAUUUACAAAGUCGAGGCUUAAAACCCGAUGUUGUUACCUACAACAUUAUGUUGGCGUGUUUGUUUCACAAUGGGGAAUGUGAGGAUGCUGAGAAGCUUUUUAAGGAAAUGGUGAGAAAUCAAGAACAUCCAACUCUCUUCACCUACACUAUUCUUCUAGAUGGAUUCUGUAAGAAUCAUCGUGUUCCUCAAGCGCUAUCUUUAUUGAGAAUGAUGGAAAGUCAUAGUCCUACCCCCGAUAUAGUCUGUUAUACUAGUGUCAUUGAUGGGUUAUGGAAUGAUGGGAAGGCAUGGAGUGCAAUGGAACUCUUUGAUGCCCUUCCCUCUAAAGGAGUGAUGCCAGAUAAAUUUACUUACAGUAGAAUGAUAAGUGGGCUUUGCCGAGAAGGUUUGCUCGAAGAUGCUAGAGAUAUGUUCAACAAAAUGAAGAAAAACGGUUAUACUGCUAAUAGCGUGGCAUACAAUGUAUUCAUCCGUGGGUUACUGAAAAAGAAUGAAUAUUGUGAAGCUGUAUUACUUUUAGAAGAGAUGUCAAGACUUGGACUCUCACCCGACAAUAGCACAUGUGAGAUUGUACUGAAGACCAUUUUGCAAAAAGGACCGGAUUCCGAUAUGCUUCAUAUGCUCCUGAAUAUAAAGGGACAUUGUGAAAGUAUUAGUUCUUAAAAUUAGUUAGAGAAAAGGGUCAUAUAAGCCCCUGUACUAUUGCAAAAACAUCACUUAAACUCAUCUACUUAAAAAAACAUCACAUAAACAUAUCAACUCUUAAAAGAGGAUCACAUUAACCAAAUUACCGGCAUUUCACCCUUUUUAGCCGGUCAGUUCAUUUCUUUUCUUUUUCUUUAUUUUUCCGUCUCCCCUUUUGAUUCUCUUUCUUCGUUUCAUUUCUCCAACUAUCUCUUCUAGUCUUCUUCGCACUCAUUUGCAGGAAUUGCAUAUUUGUUUUUUUUCUUGUUCCUUUUUCUUUCUCUUUUUUCUUUAAUUUCUAGCUAGUUACUCCCGAUCGAAUGCACUGAACUUCUUUACCUUUUGUUUUUUAAUUCUCCUUAUCUAUCUUCCGCUGGGUUCCUACUUCAGCUCCCGGCCCGUCCCCCCUUCUUACAUACACUUCUUCUAUUUUUGUUCCUCUAAUUUUAAUAUUCUUCUUUUCUGAUCUUCCUGAUGAAGAUGGAACGUAAGAGCAAACAGUAUUGGCAAAUAAAAGCUUUAUCUAGAGGUCUAGACAAACAUGUGAAACUGUG